AGCUGAGUGAUGGAGUCACCUCGGGGGCGGUCAGAGCCCUUCGUCCGGAAACGCCGAUGAAGAGUGAGCCUUGUCAGUUACGGGCGGGGUAAUGGCUCGGAGCGCCAGAACCCCGGGAAGUCGGCUUUGCCUUAAAUGGUUUUAAGUCUAAUAGCUUUCUUAUUGAUCUAGUAGUUUCCUCAUUCAUUUUUUGGACGCUGGGGGCGUGUUUCGACUGCUCUUGGCGCAUGAGCUCUUAGUUCCACCCGACCAAAGAGCAACUGCUGCUCCUAUUGGAUUUCCCCAGUACCAGUGAGCUCCAUGGCAGCCAAAUCCAAAGCGCUAAGUGCUGCUCGGCCUCCGGAAUAAUCGGUGAAUUUUUCAAGUCCAGUGAAAAGUGGCCCUCACCUUGGGUGAAAGCAAAAACACUGCGGAGUCACAUCUCGGUCCAAAUCCUCCAGAAUAAACGACGUUAUCUGCCUCUCCCCCAUCCCCGUAGAAAAUAUGAAGCCCCCGUCUUCCAAAUCUCUUUACCAGUUUCCUAGGACCUUCUGUCUUCACAUAGGCCACCUUUAGGUCCGCCACUAUCCCAGGAUUCCCGACUCCGGUUUCCUGCCCUUCUUCCCUCCCAGUGCCCGGCUCCUGCGGAAACAGCAAGAUGGCGGACUGUGACGGCCUUGGUGAAGCAGGGACUGCUGCGGCAUCUCCUCCCGCACCUGCUCCGGGCCUGAGCCCGCGGCUGGGCUGGAGGGAGCGGCUGCGGGCCAGGCUGGCGGGGACUGGGGCCUCGCUGUGGUUCGUGGCGGGGCUGGGUCUGCUUUACGCUCUGAGGGUCCCGCUGAGGCUGUGUGAGAACUUGGCAGCGGUGACAGUAUUUUUAAAUUCCUUGACACCCAAAUUCUAUGUGGCACUUACAGGGACAUCUUCUUUGAUAUCAGGACUAAUAUUUGUAUUUGAAUGGUGGUACUUCCAUAGGCAUGGCACAUCUUUUAUUGAGCAAGUGUCUGUAAGCCAUUUGCGACCACUGAUGGGAGGAACAGAGAGCAGCAUUUCAGAGCCAGGUUCUCCUUCCAGCAACAGAGAAAGUGAAACCAGCAGACAGAAUUUGUCAGAAUGCAAGGUAUGGAGAAACCCUCUAAACCUUUUCAGAGGAGCAGAAUAUAGGAGAUACACUUGGGUGACUGGUAAAGAGCCACUUACAUACUAUGACAUGAAUUUGUCAGCUCAGGACCAUCAGACCUUUUUCACCUGUGACACUGACUUCUUACGCCCUUCAGACACAGUUAUGCAGAAGGCAUGGAGGGAAAGAAAUCCUCCAGCUCGAAUCAAAGCAGCCUAUCAAGCUUUAGAAUUAAACAAUGACUGUGCCACUGCAUACGUUCUACUGGCUGAAGAAGAAGCAACAACUAUUGUAGAUGCCGAGAGGUUAUUUAAACAGGCACUCAAGGCAGGAGAAACAAUUUAUAGACGGUCACAGCAGUGCCAGCACCAGAGUCCUCAGCAUGAAGCACAACUAAGAAGAGACACCAAUGUAUUAGUAUAUAUUAAAAGAAGAUUGGCAAUGUGCGCAAGAAAAUUAGGAAGAAUAAGAGAAGCAGUAAAAAUAAUGAGAGAUUUGAUGAAAGAAUUUCCUCCUCUUACCAUGUUAAACAUCCAUGAAAAUCUCCUAGAAUCGCUUUUAGAACUGCAGGCCUACGCAGAUGUUCAGGCAGUUCUAGCAAAAUAUGAUGAUAUAAGCCUUCCAAAGUCAGCAGCUAUCUGUUAUACAGCAGCACUGUUGAAGACAAGGACUGUUUCAGAUAAAUUCUCUCCAGAAACAGCCUCCAGAAGAGGGUUAAGCACAGCAGAAAUUAAUGCCGUGGAAGCAAUUCACAGAGCUGUGGAAUUUAACCCUCAUGUUCCAAAAGUCGAGAAACCUUGCCAGUACCCCAGAAGCCAACAUGCCACUCUUUUCCAAUCACAGCUUUCUCCCACCUGCUUAAAGUACUUACUAGAGAUGAAAAGUCUCAUUUUACCUCCAGAACACAUUCUGAAACGGGGCGAUAGUGAAGCAAUUGCCUAUGCUUUCUUCCAUCUUCAGCACUGGAAGCGAAUAGAAGGUGCUCUUAAUCUGUUACAGUGUACCUGGGAAGGCACUUUUAGAAUGAUUCCCUACCCUUUAGAGAAAGGCCAUCUAUUUUACCCCUACCCCAGCUGCACAGAGACUGCUGAUAGAGAGCUAUUACCUACCUUUCAUCAUGUUUCUGUUUACCCAAAGAAGGAGCUUCCUUUUUUCAUCCAUUUCACAGCAGGACUGUGUUCCUCUACAGCAAUGAUAGCCCUUCUCACACACCAAUUUCCUGAAAUCAUGGGCGUUUUUGCUAAAGCUGUGCCCUGGUGUUUGUUGACAUAGAUCAAGAUGCUGUGUGGCUGUAUACGGGACCGUGAACCAUUUGACAGUCUAGACAUACACAGUCACCUUGCAUUAUUUAAGCCCUGAUCUCUGCAUUCUAGUUUCUCUGUAUUCCCCAUGUAUACAAUAUGUAGUUGCUUGAAAUUCCUUAUAUAUUGCUUGCAUAUUCUUCUAAGUUUAGCACAUACCAGUUACUUCUAGUUAGAAUCCCUUCCCAUGACUGCCCUCAAGCAGUCCAUGUCUUUAAAAAUCCAACUUAAAAGUUACCUCCUAAAAAAGCCUCUGAUUAAUCUCAUUUAUCUGAUUCCCUUCUUCUGGGACUUCUCAGUAUUUCCCAGUCUGGUACUUAAACUGUUUUAUGUCUUUGUAAUUGUUGCUUCUGUACAUGGUCACCCAACAAACAUAAGGGUUAUAGGAAUGGUGAUUCUCCUCCAUACUCUUGCCUUUGCUUAUUAUACACAUUUUGAAGGCCUACUGAUGGCCUUUUUUAAUUUCCCCAGAGUUCUAGUCCACCUUCCAUUCCCUUCCCCUUUACUUCUUAGUUACAUUCCUAGAGAAACAGUGCGGACGUUCAGGGCUUGGCCUUCACCUCAGCAUGUGUGUGGCAGCCGGCUGAAUAGGUCCCUGCAGUUGGGAAGUAUUUAACUCUUAGGUUUGACUUAAUCUCUGCAUUCUACUCUGAUACCUUCAAGAAGUAGACAUGAGACCAGGAGUAGAUACAGAGAUGGGAGUAGGGAAAUUUCCACUGAAAGCCAAGGUAUCUUUUUCCUUCCGUUUUACACAAGACCUAUGAAGCUGCUGCCGUCAGCAGCUCACCCGACACUCUGCUGCCCUGCCUCUUUUCCAGGAGUCAGGGUUAGUUUAAGAAAAAGCCUCUUGCUAGAAGCCAUGACCUCGUACUUUUAUCCCCUCCAUCUGGUGUGCGGCCUCAUGGGGCUGUGCUGCUAUGCAGGAGAUGAGCAAUGGAAUUCUUUAGAUGAUGACUUCUGAGCCCACAUGCGGAGGCAGUGGGGGUGGGGAGUAGUGAGAGCCAAGAUCGAUAGACCAAAAAGUAAGGUUUGCUCUGGGAGAAAUCCUGACUAUAGGUAGACUGUUUUCAUGAGGUGUUCUUCCCCUAGCCCAAGCAGGGGCCCAGAUCAGGGAGCUUGUAGCAUCCCAGGCCUGUGAUUGAUGAACAUGGUGUUCCUGCAGCUUUAUGCCUUCACAGUCGGGGUGCAGGAGUGGAGUAGGUAGGGCUUAUUGCUGUCUCUAAUGGAAUGCAGUCCAGGAUUGAACAGGGAAGGGUUCCCCUUGCACACACCAUCUCUUGGAGCUGCUUUUUCUCACUGUCUUGUGCCUAAACAGAGGUCCCAGUUUUGAAUGGGGAUGGGAGGAGGGGUUGAGGGCAGCAAGAAUUUUUGAUGAAAUGGAAAUCUAUUGUCUGCUGCCUCGUCUUGGACGGGUCUCUCUGCUGCCUCGUCUUGCAAGGGUCUCUCUGCAGGGUAGAUUCUCUCUUGCCUUGGUGUAGAUGAAUUGCUUGUCUCAGCCUGUGGUCCCAGGACCUUUACUAGGCCAUGAGUAGGCAUCUGGCCCUGUAGUACAACUAUUUCUUAGUACUCUCAUUCCCUGUUCUUAUUUUCCUAACCCAGAGGUUAAUAACAUUUUUAAAAAGAGUGAAGCCUCAAAAGAAAUUCUAAUGUAUUCUUUUAAAAGCCCAAAGCCUUAUUAAUUUCUGCUUAUGGCUUCUCAUGACUAUUUCUACUCUGCCCACACAUUUAAUAGCACUUAAAAAAAAAAAAAACUAGAUAACAUUUAAAAAUUUUUAAUGUUUAAGUCCAAAGGAAAAAAGAAAAAGAACUAGGAUCCAGAGUUGGUUAAAUGUAGAAUGCUUUGUAUAGUGAUCACUUGGUGGUGGUGGUGCUGGUGGCAGAAAUGGUAUAAAGGGGGUUUGUUGAUGAGGUUGGUAAAGGCUUAGUCUGUUCCUUCUGUAAACUGCUCAGUUACUCUCUCCUGGCAGUCCUAGAGCUUCCACAGGGCUUGAACAUUUUGUAUCAAUUUCUGU